AUCAUCAUCAUCCUGACAUCCUCGCAGUCAUCGUCAUCACCAUCAAGCACCACCACGUACAUUGUGAACAACCUCAUGUCCUCCCUUCUCCUUCUAUUCUCCUUCCUCAUCUUUCCUCUCAUUCUUAUAUUUCUAUUCUUCUUCCUCUUGCUACUCCUAAUUCCUGUUUUCUUAUUUUUUUCUUGAAUAUUUUUUGUUACCUAGUUUUGUAAUCAUUUGUCCCACUUUACUUUUUCAUUUCCUCAUCCUCCACCUCUUCCUCUGAUCAGCCACAUCCUGCUCUUUCCGAACUGUUAUUUUGACCCCACUUGUUCCGCGCCCAUAUACAAUGAUGCGGGAGAUAUUCCCUCCAGUCACUUACUAGUAUUGACAAAUUAGAUUCUAAUUGGCGUGUUGUUUAGCAUUCUAAAUGAAUAUUCACGAGCAAGGCCCGCAGGUCCGCCAAUCACAUUGCCCUAAACCAGAAGCGAAUUCUGAUUGGCCCAAUAUUUUCACUGAGAUGUAGUGCAUAUAAGGUGAUAUCAUUUCCGGAUACCAACACUGUUCAUUCCUGACGGAAUUAAUGACCAUACAGUCUUCUUCAUCAGUUGUCCAUGAAACAAUAAUUCGGAAAUUUUCCACCAAAGAUUCAAGAUGUAUUCUCAGCAGCUAUUCUCGUUUGCCCUCCUCGCUAUGGUAGCAUGUGCAAUGUCUGCAUUCACAAGAGAUGCAUGUGAAUUGAAGGCAAAGAAAGGACCUUGUACGGACUACACACAACGAUGGGCUUUCAGCAGUGCGAAAGGAAAAUGUAUUCCGUUUUCUUACGGAGGAUGCCGAGGAAACCCGAACAACUUCGAAUCUAAAGCCGAAUGCCGAAAAUACUGUGAAGAGGCUGGUCGUGGAUGCUAUGAACCGGAUGAAGGUCGAUGGUACAAAGACGGUGAACAAAAGGAAUCGGAUCAGCCCUGCGGAGGAUGUGCCUGCAUCAAAGGUUACUGGGCCUGUUCGAGCUGCAACAGAAAUCUUCUUGAGUGUCCUGCCAUUCGCUGUAUGAAUGAUUGUCCCCAUGGCUAUCAAGCUGAUGAGUUUGGAUGUGCUACAUGUAAAUGCAAGAGAAAGCCAGAGCUGGAGUUUUACUGUACUCGCUACUGUAAGCUGUGCACCGAGCAUGACUGGCUGGAUUGCCCUGAAGAUUGCUACUGCGAUCAAGCAACGAUGUAAAGGUUGCGACUGCGAUCAAGCUACGAUGUGAAAAUUGCCGUUGCAAUCAUUCUACGAUGUUAAGAUAUUGCAUCAGUUAAGCACAAUAUGACAAAUAAUAACGGCUGAAAAUUACAGCUUUAAAUCACAAUAGGCCAUCAGGAUUUGAUUUCUAUAUAUUGAUACCAAACAUGAUUAUCUUACAUUAAAAGUAUCUGGUGAAGACAUGUACAAUUAAAUGAAUACAAUUCUAAAUUUCAGUCUGUUCAAUUUAUUUAAUAAUUAUUAUCAUAAAGUUUUAAAACUAUUCAAAAACUGAGGAAAGCUUUCACAUAAGAUACCUAACCAAUGUUGUUAAGCAAUAUACCCUGCAUGGGUGCUACACUACGUAUAAUAUAAAUUUUUGCCAGCUUCAUUAUAUCAAGAAUCAUUAUUGAUUCUUAUCAAAAUAUUUAUUCUAUAUUUGUAGGCCUAC